AUGGCAAUCACCUGCAUUCGGGAGGCUAUGUACCACGUCCUUGACCUCUACCAUACCUUUGAGUUGAUAGGGAUGCAGCAUCCAGAAAAAGACAUCACCGAGGUCGUCACCUUGCUGACAACGGCCAUCACUCCAGGCAUCCAAAAGGCAGCAUUGGAAAGGUUCUUUGCGCCAGAUGCGGGCUUCAUUCAUCCGGUUUGCGCAGUAGAAAGGGGACCAAACUCGAGGGACAAGGUCCUCGCAAUCUACCAACUGAUCACACGAAUCAAAAUGGAAGAGCGAGAUGGACUGCAUCACAUUGUGCUGCAAGAGGACUUUUACCAUCCAGAGGACUUUGCUGCCCUCAUCAUUCCACCUUUGAAGCCCCUUGUCUCCCUAGCUCUUCGUAUGUCUAGUAUAGCAUGCAGCGUCGGCGCGUUUGGAGCCCAGAUGAUCGGCUUCUGGAGGCCAGAGAGUGUAAAGACGACGUAG